AUGGAUGAUAAACUCGCUGCGGUAUACCGCUAUUAUUUCAUAUCGCAGUUCCCGUGGACCCUCCAAGAGAGUACCAUGCAGAAACUCUCUAUCGGUCAACGCAAAAGGCCUGCAAGUAACCAUAACUCUACUGAAGAAGAUGAUAGACGCUCCGCGGACAUCUUCCCCGACGAGUUCAUCGUCGGCGUGCUCGAACCGACGCAUCGAUCAGUUGUUCUCGAAGGUAGCUAA